AUGCCGAAAAUAAAAACCAAGCGGACGAAAGCUGCUCCAGAAGGGUUCGAUAAUAUCAAGUCGCAACUCGACAAAUAUGAAGCGGAAUUGAAAGACAUUGAAGCUUCGAAACUAACCAAGACGUCAAAUAAAAACGAGCAUUCCUGGGCGGUACUCCGUGUCCAUCACCAACGGUCGCGAUACAUUUAUGAAUUAUAUUACAAGAAGAAAAUCAUCUCGAAUGACUUGUACCAAUGGUUAUUGAAGCAGAAGUAUGCCGAUGCGGGACUCAUUGCCAAAUGGAAGAAACAGGGUUAUGAAAAGUUGUGUUGUUUGAGAUGUCUUGAAAAAAAAUGCGUUUGUCGAGUACCCAAGAAUGAAGAGAAAGUGAGAUGCAUCAAUUGUGGGUGCUAUGGUUGUGCUUCUGGGGGGUGA